AUGUUCUCCAGUUUGGGAAGAUUCUUCGAGUACCCUGUAAAACGGAAACCUAUUUGCUUCUACAGACAAGAGGAUUUUAGUGCAACAGGUGAACCACAUAGGAAGGUGGCAGACAUGCAAAGGCAGGCCGCGACAGACUACGACAAAUUGGUCGAUCUGUUCUACACAAGGCUUGCUGAACAACGCCAGUAUAACCAAGAGAUGAAGGAGAAGGAUCGAAGAUGGAGCAUGCAGAAGGUGGUGGAGCGGUUCCCCGGAUGGAACGAGGUCACCAUCGCCAACCUGCACAGCUUGUUCCUGCUCUUCGACAACCAGUCCAAUGGAAUGCUCGGAUUUGAUGACUUCGGCGCAGUGUUGGAGAGUCUUGGAGAUGAGAGCGGCAUGGACGUGCGAAAAGACAAGUUCAAUGCAGCAGACACAGACAAUGACGGCUGGAUAACAUAUGAUGAGUUUCUAUCGCUGGUGUAUAAUUUCAACCCUAGCGAGGAAGGCAGAGUCACGGGGCUGGCCGCUAUGUGCAACGAUGUCGCGGAGAAUAUACAAUUUGUGAGCAACCUCACCGUCGGCGAGCAACUCGAAUAUGGCUUGUUUUAA